CCGAAGCCGGAAGCGGCUGCUGUCGGAAGUACCGGGCGAGCUAUCUGGUACUGGCCGGCCGGGGGAUGGCUCAGGACGCGGAGCUGGAGAACCGCAGUGGGUGGCCGUGGCGGUGGCUGCCGGCGCUGCUGCUCCUGCAGCUGCUGCGGUGGAAGUGCGCCCUGGGCGCGCUCCCCUUCACCAGCAGUCGGCAAACAGGCUUUGCAGACCUGCUGUCGGAGCAGCAACUGCUGGAGGUGCAGGACUUGACCCUGACUCUGCUGCAGGGCGGAGGUCUGGGGCCGCUGUCACUGCUACCUCCGGACCUACCGGAUCUGGAGCCCGAGUGCCGGGAGCUGCUGAUGGACUUCGCCAAUAGCAGCGCCGAGCUGACCGCCUGUAUGGUGCGCAGCGCUCGGCCCGUGCGCCUCUGCCAGACCUGCUACCCGCUCUUCCAACAGGUCGCAAUCAAGAUGGACAACAUCAGCCGAAACGUCGGGAAUGCCUCCGAGAGCCAGCGCUGUGCCGGAAGUCUCCUGACGGCAGACAGGAUGCAGAUAAUCCUGAUGGUCUCUGAGUUUUUCAACAGCACGUGGCAGGAGGCGAACUGCGCAAAUUGCUUGACAAACAAUGGUGAGGAUUUGUCAAAUAACACAGAGGACUUCCUCAGUCUGUUUAACAAGACUUUGGCCUGCUUUGAGCAUAACCUGCAGGGGCGCACAUACAGUCUCCUACCACCAAAAAAUUACUCCGAAGUGUGCAGGAACUGUAAAGAGGCAUAUACAAACCUGAGCCUCCUGUACAGCGAAAUGCAGAAGAUGAACGGACUUCAGAACACGGCCGAGCCUGGGGCGCACUUGUGCAUCGAUGUGGAAGACGCGAUGAACAUUACUCGAAAGCUUUGGAGUCGAACCUUCAACUGUUCGAUCACCUACAGCGACACGGUGUCUGUGGUCGCGGUGUCUGUGUUUAUUCUCUUCCUGCCGGUUGUCUUCUACCUUAGUAGCUUCCUUCACUCAGAGCAAAAGAAACGCAAACUCAUCCUACCCAAACGUCUCAAGUCAAGCACCAGUUUUGCCAACAUUCAAGAAAAUUCCACCUGAGGCCUGCACAGGGGACGUGGCCUCUGUGUCAUCCCAGUAAGUGGUUAGACACAGCACAGUUGAGGAGAAGUGAGCCAGGUCGGACAAGCCGCGUGCUCAUGAACUGCUGGGGCUGUGGACCUGUAAUUUAUGCUGAAUAAGGGUUCUCAAAUUCCCUUUUCCUGAGCACCCCCUUUUUGAAGACUUCUGUUUGAUUGUUUUUUUUUUUAAUUUCAAACAUAGCAAUGUUACAUAUUUUAAGGUAUAUCUGUUACAGUAGCAAGUGAGGACUGGAUUGUUUGUUUGCUUGUUUGUUUUGCAGACAUGUGAAUGACUACGUGACACUUCUGAUAUAUCUGAUAUAUAUAUUACCAGAAGUACACAAAACAGAAACAGCUGAGGUCUGCCAUUUACACAUUAGUCAUUUGAGAAAGAAACAUACUUGCCAAAUGGUAGCAGGCUCAGUGAUUAACUUAAAUGAAUUCCUAUUGCAGUAUUGCUAUAUGUAUAUACAUAUGCAUAGACAUACAUAUGUAUAUGUAUAUAUGUAAUGUAUAUUUAAUAUAUCAUACAUUAAAAUAAUGUUCUCUAGUUCCCUGAAGUCACUUUUGAAACCACUAAUACAUUUUUAACAGUUUUCAGAAAGCGAUGCCACAUUAUACAUUUAUCUUUGUUAAAGGUUUACAAUAACUGGGUUUCUAACAUGACUUUUAUAAACACUGUUUUACAUCUUAUUUUCGCCUUUAUUUUGUAAGUAAUUUAAAAUCACUGGACUGCUUAAUUGUCUUUGAGGACAUGAUGGAUUAUGUCAGCGGAUUUGCAUUGUGAAUUUCAUUAAGUUAUUUGGUAACUUAUAACUUAUUUGGCAACUUUGUAACUUAUUAGUAGUUUAAGUCAAUUGUAGCCCAAGUGUGUCAGCUGUGUUUAAAUUUGUGAUUUUUAAUGAAAAUUUUAUCUUGGACUAUUUGGAGAUUUGGGGGAGAGGCAAAGGGCAAAUCUGAGAACUUAAAAUUCAGAAAAUAGACAAGGACCUGACGAGUGUUCGCUUCAGGACAGCAGGUGGCUCACACUGGAGAUGGAUCGGGUGACAGGCUCACACAGGAAGCCCCUCAGUUAAGGCACCCCCCCCCCCAGCUAUGGGAAGGAUGAAGGUCGCAUGACUAAAAUGAAAUUACACAUCUCACUACUUCUGCUUUGGAAUAUUUCUAGCAACCUUUGAAACAAUGCGUGCUUCAGUCUUUCAGUUUUAUUUCUCAAUAUGAAGAAGUUGAUGGUUUCGUUGGUUAGUUUGGUAGAAAAGAGUUUUGUUUUAAAGGCUGUGAAUGGAAAGGCUCUUCAGGUGCAGGGCGAAUAAAAUGUGAAUCCCUUCACAGACGGCGGUUGCUCUAGAGGGAGACAGGAGUGUUUGGGUAUUCUUGUAUGUUUACCACAUAAGCAGAGUGUGAGAGCAGGCUCGUCCCCAAGUGUGUCACAUGGGGUGUGUGACAGUCAGAGGAUGCUGUGAUCCACGAGAUGUGCUGUCACUGUUCCUGCGGCUGUGACUAAGGGCGCUGUCUUGAUUUAAAGCACAUGGUUGAGGACCUUCGAAAGCUAUCUUCAUCGAAACAUAUAAAGCCUGCUUACCUGUGCGAAGUUAUCAAAGUGGCCGAUUUAACCUGUGAGUAGCGACUCCGCGGGCACCUCUCACUACUGUGUGUACAAACCACUCAAGCCGGUGGGCACUUUAACAAGCCAGCCAGCCCAGUUCCUGAUCAGGGCCCAGCUCUCUAAAAGUUGCAUCAGAAACAAAUUUGAAAAUGUGAUGAAGAACUUCAUCUUAUGGUCAUAUGAAAAAUGUAUAUGCUUCUGAAUCCUGACACAUACCUGUUUUUCCUUAUUCUUUACAAUAAAAGAAAUAACAAGGAAAAUUGUAA